GUGUGCUGAAGGGAAAAUGUUUGGCAAAAGCAGAGAGUGAGGAGUGAAGUUAAUGAUUAUCCCCUUGCAUCCUGGGACCCAUGCUCCUGCUCUGCCCCAGCCAGAGGGGUGGAGGCUCACAAGGCAGCAUGGUCCCACUCUUUCCUUUGGCUGUGAUUGUGGGUCUGCUUAGUCUGACAGGCCCUGCCAGGAGCCCAAAGACCGAGCCCCUGAGUGGCUCCAGUGAGCAGCCUCUCUUCCGUGGAGCUGAUCGCUAUGACUUCGCCAUUGUUGUCCCUGCAGGUGGCACAGAGUGCUUCUGGCAGUUUGCACAUCAGAGCGGCUACUUCUACUUCAGCUAUGAGGUACAACGGACUUCAGGAAUUGGACAUGACAGACAUAUCUUGGCCACUGCAAACGAUCCCAACGGCCUCCAGAUGGGCACGUCCCAGGAUAUACGAGGACAGAUGAACUUCCCCACCAAAGAGACAGGUUUUUACCAGCUGUGCUUGAGCAAUCGGCUCAACCACUUCGGUGUCGUGCAGGUUUAUCUCAACUUUGGUGUGUUCUAUGAAGGCUUUGACCUGCAAAACUCGCCAGACAUGGAAAGGAAGAAAAUUAAUGACACACUGGAGGCAAUUGAGGAGAGCACCCGCAAGCUGCAGGCCCAUGUCUUCCACAUGUGGCGCUUUUAUAACUUUGCCCGGAUGAGGAAAGCGGCUGACUAUUUCAUCCUUCAGUCCAACUAUAACUACGUGAACUGGUGGUCACUGGCUCAGAGCCUCGUCAUUGUCCUCUCGGGUGUCCUGCAGCUGUAUUUCCUAAAGCGGCUCUUCAAUGUGCAGCCCACUACUGCCACCAACAAACCGAGGUGCUAAGGCCUCUGGCUUACACCACUGCUGGACCCAUGCAGCAGGAAGGACCAAAGGACAGGCCCGUAACACUGCAGAGCACACUGAACUCCAUCUCAUCCUUUCUCCCCUCCGCCUCCACGGAAGAAUGGGAGAUCCUACCUGUGGAAGGAGUUGGACUGGGGGAUUGUUUCAGGUACAGAAUUCCCCUCAAUGCCCUAGCGUCCAGCUGGCUCUUUAUCUUCUCUUCAUUCUCUACUCGGCCUGUAGCACAAGACCCAUUUUGGGGGGAGGGAGAGGGGAUGGUUCACUGUUGGUUUAGGCCUAAUCUGCCCAAUGGUCUAAUAGUGAAAUGGCUUGAAAAGCUGUUCACGUAUUAUAAAUAAAACAAACAGUUCACACUGC